ACAGUUUGUCUAUUUUGAUCGGCCGCUGUGGCUAUUCCAUCCAUAUAACAUGUGAAGAUUUUCCCCGAUAAAUAGCGCAUUCGAUAAGAAGUUACAUCAUCCCAUUAAUGAAGGUAAACUUACUGUUUAAUGUUCUAAGUUUUAAUAAUUUCUUUCUAGUGAUUUAGUUAAUUCUCAUAAAUAAAAUAUAUCCUAAAUAAUAAAACUGUAACGUGCCAAAGAAAUUUAACAUACUAACCCAUUUUUAACAUUUUAAAAAUCAAUUCUUUUAUUGCCGAUUAAAUUUACUAUUGUCUGGUGUAAUAUUAAGCUAUUACUAUACAUUAAAAUGGAUAUGAAACAAUACGAUCUUCACAACUAAAGGAUACCUAUAAGCAAUACUAUUGUUGAAAAUAUUGUUAAGUAUUUGCCACUAGAACGUCAUUAGAAAAAAACCUUCUAUUUAUUGUCCGUUUGCGCUGACCUAACAGUUAAUAUAUAAUAUAUUUUUUUCAAAAGCUUGCUAACUAUUUGUUUCAACUUAAAAAAACAUUUACAGUUUUUGCUAAGUUAAAAUAAUGAUAAUAGAAAAGUUAAAACACUUGCCUUUGUUGUGAAUUUUUGUGGAUAACUGUUAACUUCAAGAUUCUGUACGUAAUUGAGUGACAAAACACAGUCGUCCUUUAUUUGGAGGUGCCUGGUGAGAGUUAGAGCUAAAGAUUCUCUUUUUUCUGUUUAUUUACUUCGACAGAGUCAUGUCAUCUACUCAUCUAGUUUCUAGCCGUCUAUUCUUUACAGCGCAUGCGCCUAAUAAUCUGAUUUUGUUCAAAUUAAACGACACUCUAAGGUUAAAUUAAAUACCCUGGCGGAUUACUACCAGCCAAUAUUUAUUUCUUUCUUUAUUUUUAAAGAAAUAAACACUUUUCAAACUUUUAAGAAGUAUUUAGUAGUUUAAAUAUUGUACACUAUGAGGAAUAUUGAAGAAUUUUGAUUAUGUUCUUUUGUUCUUUUUUUUUAACAUUAAUUUAAUCGGUCAUCUAUAACAAAACCUUAAAAAAAUUAAAUUAUAACCAACUGAAGCUUAUCAAUAGAAAAAAAAAUAAAAAGAGAACUCCUUUUCGAAAUGUAGAGUUGAGAAAAACUUAUGCUUUUUCACAUAUAUGAUAACUUGUCCUUCUUUAAAAACCUAAAAGCCUCACUGGAGCAAAAUUUGUUAUUAUCGAGAGAUUAAUAAGAAAAGAAAAUUAAAAAAAAAAUUAAAAAAAAAAGACCUUCCAAAAAAAUGAGUCAUAAGAGUCUUCACCGUUCGCUCAAAUAUCUUUUGAAUUUUCAAUCCUUCAACAAUGGAAAUUAUAUGCUACCUUUAAAAAAUGCUCGAAACGCUAGUACGAUGCAUUUUAUAAAAAAUGAGCUAUUAAAUAUAACUGGAAGAAAUCAGCAGAGGGAUGAUCUUAGAAUGUUUCUUAAAGAGAUUGGAACCGAUCCAAAAGAAGCUAGGUUUUGGAUGAAACAAUUUACAGCCGCAGUCGACCCUUUCAAACCAUUUGCUAUUGUUCAAAUCGACAACCAUGUAUUUACUAACAGAGAAUCAGUUAAGAAAUUGGGAUCAUAUUUAUCUUUCCUGCAAAGAAAUGGUAUGAAAGUGAUGAUUGUUCACGGAUCUAAUGGUUUUCCUCACGCUAAACCAACAAAUCUUCAGACUUAUCGUAGAGAAAUUACAAAUAAUACAAUGCUACUCGUUAGCAUUUUAGAGUCUUUUGGAGCUGAAGCUAGACCAAUAUUUGGUGGCCAUAAUGUUUUGCAAGCCGAUAGAAUAAAUUGUAAUAAUUUCUACGGAAGAGUAACUGAAAUUAAUAGAGACGUUAUAAAAUGGGCUUUACAAUCUGGACAUAUUCCAGUUAUUGAGGCAAUUGGUGAAACAGCUGAUGGCCAAUUAUUAAAUAUUGAUUUAUGGGAGACUGUUGUAAAACUUUCAACUAUAUUUGUUCCUCAAAAAGUUAUUAACGUGAAUAAAGUUGGAGGAAUUUUUGACGAAAAUGGCAGAAUUAUUCCGAAUAUUAAUUUUCCAAAUGAUUUGGAAAGUUCAUUUAGUAAAUCAUGGUGUACUCCAGAAUUAAAGGAUAAAAUUAGUAAUAUAUCCGAAUUAUUACAACUACUACCAAAUGAGUGUUCAGUUGUUAUUACUUCUCCAACAAAUAUUUUGACUGAACUUUUUACGCAUAACGGGGCUGGAACAAUGCUAAGAUCUUCCGAUAAGGUUUUAAAACUGGAUAGCUUAAAGGCCAUUGAUGACGGUAAAUUAACGACCCUACUCAAUAAAUCAUUUAAGAAGAAUCUUAAGAAAUCUUAUUUAACUUCUAUUGAAGAAAGACCACAUACAAUUUAUUUAUCUACUAGUUAUUCAGCAGCAGCAAUUAUAACAAUUGAUAAGGAAGUUCCAAUUCCGUAUUUAUGUAAAUUUGCAAUUAGUGAGACGAAACAAGGUGAAGGAGUUAGUGAUCUGCUUUGGAAAAUGAUUAAACAAGACCAUUCUAAGUUAUUUUGGAGAUCUCGAUGGGAUAAUAGGAUAAAUCCUUGGUAUUUUAAACGAUGCGAAGGUUCGUGGAGUAAUGGAAAAUGGACAGUUUUUUGGUAUGGUAUAAAUAAUCAUCAAGAAAGUAGUGCUCUAAUUGAACACGCACUUAGCUUACCAGAUUGUUUUAAUGUUGAAACAUUACACUCUUCGGUAUAGAAAUUUAUAAGAUUUUUAACAGAAAAAGAUAUUGAAAUUAGAUAACUAUUAUUUUGUUAUCUCGAUAUUACCAUAUUAUUCGUACUCUUUAAUCGUUCUUGUAUUAUUAUCAAUAAUUAUGUGUCUUUUUAACAAAACAAAAACCUCUUACUAACGAACAAUGUCAUUUCUGAA